AUGCAAAUCUCCAAAUUGCUAUCUUCUGUCCCCCAAGAUAUGGAGUCUACGCCAUACUUCGAGAACAUCGCUCCAAAAUUGCUAGCCUUGAUUGACAGCGAUGAGCCUGAUCUCAGACGGACCGCAGCAUAUGUGGUAGGCAGCGGGAUUUUGGGGAAAAGGGCAUACGGUGCACCAGGCACGAUAGGGCAUUCUAUCUUCGUAGAGCCUUUAUUCAAGGCAAUUACUGCAACGAUUGAUCCAAAUUCCGGGAAAUGGCUUAAGUCAUUCAACCCCGUAAGCCAGGCCGCGGCGCAACCAACUCCACAAACUAUUCCGAAGGAUGUCUUGGUCGAUGAGCCAACACUUCUAUUGGCUCUCGAAAGACUGAGCGUCAUAGCCCUGCAACAUCCUAACCCAGGACUCGUCAAACGAUUGGUGCAGCCGAUAUUACUUCCAUUGUGGGGAUUAACGUGUUGUACUCAGGCCCAGAAGGGUAAAGGGGCCUGGCAUGAAAGAAGUUGGGCACUGUUGCAGACAUUUUUCACUUUAUCACCAGGAUUCCCGCCUUUUCUGAAACUGGCAGACAAUCUUCUCUGGGAUGGAGGUGCCAAUUGGACGUUUCAGGAAAGCCAAGAUGGCGGCGUGACUAUUGUCAAACGUAGCAAUUCCGACGUCGAUAUAGUUCGAAUGUUGGAUACACUCGACUCGCGUGCAGACAAUUUCUCCAAGCUGCUUGGCUGUGAUCCUCAAAGCGAGGACCGGACAGCAGACGUUUUCCUGCAUGUCAGCGAGAGGUGGCUUGUCGAUACAUCAAGACAAACACCGAUGGCUCCAACGCUCCUAGAUAAGUUAAACUACGACCCUAGUACAGAUUCAAACGCCAUCGUGGCAAAAGUUGUCAGUGCCAAAAUAGCAGAAAGACUUCUCAGUGAUUUCAAGGAUACUCUAUCCAGACGCCCGUUGAAAAUCCUAGAACUUGCACAGCACAUUAUUGAAAGCGAGCUGAAAGCAGUGGAUGAGAGGGAACGGAGAAGAAAAGCACGCGAGAGAGGACGAGCGUCUCUAGAGUCUCUAGCCAAUAUUGCAAGACCGGUUGAGAACGAAACCACUGCGCACGACGAUCAACAGAAUACAUCGGAAACAUUAUCAACCACUUUCAGUCUUCUAUCUACAAUUUUAGCCUCCCCCGAGUUUCCCAUGACACAGACACUUCUCCCAAAGCUUGACGAAAUCAAGUCACAGUUAGAUAAACUACGACCUAACCUUCCACCCGCUCUAUCCAACCCAGCUUUUACCGCCUCAAUGCUGCUCGAAAUUCAGAUCAAAUCACCCGACGGCACGCAACAAACAGAUGAGUUGAAAUCCCCACAAGCUGCAGAUCUCGAGACGCACCGACAAGCCUUGAAGGAUAUUACAUCUCCCCUUCCACCAGUGCAAGCGGAGGGACUUUCGCUACUUUCGAAACUGAUAUCUAACUCCUCGCCUGUACUCGACAUACCAUCCACCAUGACGCUGCUACUGUCGAUUAUACUUGGACAGAGCUCGGAGACUGCUGCAAAUGAAGAGUUUAUUUAUCUGAAUGCAAUAAAACUCAUAGGCCAAUUAGCAUCAAACCACCCGCGCACCGUUGUGAAAACGCUUGUCGAUCAAUACGCCGAUAGAAACGAAGAAAGGACAUUGGACCAACGACUGAAAAUCGGCGAGUCAUUACUCCGAACAGUGGAAGAUCUAGGAGAAGCGCUGACUGGUGAGGUCAUGCGUAUUAUUGGGGAAAGCAUGAUAGCCGUGGCUGGACGACGCGGGAAUAAACCCGAAACCCAGAAAGCUCGGAGGGAGCAGGUCGAAAAAGAGAAAAGGGACAACGAGCGCAAAGAAAGAGAGAAAGGUAUCAAUCUGCCGUCUGGCUGGAAAGUCUCAUCGCCGGCAUUGCCUGAUACAGAAGAAAUCGAUACAUUGCUUCCUAACAACGAGGACCCUGAUGCCGAAACCCCGGAACAAGCGGCUAUUUCGGCCAACAUCCUAUCCGCCUGGGCUGCUGGUGCCGCGUCAGACGUUGAGCCAGAUGAUAUCCGAGUCAGGGCUUCAGCAAUAUCCAUAUUAGCAAGCGCUAUCCAAACGAACUUGGCCGGCUUGGGUCCUUCUCUAGCAUCUUCCGCUGUUGAUCUUGCUCUCUCGACCUUGAGGCUCGAGAAGAGUCCUGAAAGCGCCAUCUUACGUCGCGCCAGCGCCGUUCUUCUACUCGACCUUGUCAAAGCUAUGGACUCGGAACUGCAGAGUGGCUCAAAGAAAAUUGGGUUUGGCUUCUCUCUGAUAGCAGAUUCUUCAGGUGACUCCAUUUCCUCACGCGGCCCUACGACAAUCGGCAGCAUUCCGACUACAUUAAACACGUUGUCCUAUGUGGAUAGCCAGGAGACAGAUGCUCUUGUACGGGGGCAUAUCAGAGUGUUGAUGGAGAAUCUCGAGACGUGGAUGGAGAAGUCCCUGUUAUGGGGCAUUAAUGCGCAGUCAUCGAUGUUAAGCGACGAUGAACCAAGACUGCAACUUGGUGAUAGGAUUGCUGGAUUGGAUCUUAACCCAUUGGCUACGCGCAGUUCUACAAACCGGCCAAGAAUAGAAGAGAUUGAGUGA